AUGGCGACACCGAGUGUGAUGGCGAACGCUCGUCUAUUGCAAGAGCAUAUCGAGAACGCCCGCGAGCAGCUAACACAGUUGCAGGACCAGGUUGACCGUUAUGGUGCCGUGGCCGACACGCUCGCAGAGCUACCCAAUAAAAUAUCGCACAAAGUCAUGGUGCCUCUAGGCAAGCGCGCAAUGGUGCCAGGCAAGAUCGUGCGCUCCAACGAAGUGCUGGCGCAUCUUGGCAAUGAGUAUUUUUCGUGGCGUUCGACCUCACAGGCGGUAGAAAUGAUUGAACGCAAGAAGAAAGAUUUAUGCAAGCAGAUUAUGAAACAGGAGGAGAACCUUAAAGAGCUGUAUUUAAAGAAAAAUGAUCUGAGCUGUAUUACACAGCUUCAAAAACACUACGAAAGCGAAAAUAUUCGUGAGAUCCAGGAAACAGAAGAAGAGAGCGAGCUAAGCACAAAUUCUCAUGUUACAGAUGAAGACAUCAAGGAGUACUUUGAGCUGGAAGACGAGGAGCGACUGAAGCAGGAACAAGCAACGUGGAAUUGGGAUGAUAUGAUGAAGCGAAUGGAAGAUUUGGAAGCGCGUGAAGCUGCUGGUGAAAGCUUUAGUGACAAGGGCAACACGACAAAAGAGGAAUCAUCGACAGAAGAACAGGCUGCUGCUCUGAAAAAUAAGGGAAAUGAAGCAUUCGCUAAAAGUCUUUUUGAAAUGGCUGCUCAGUAUUACUCGCAGGCAAUUAUACUGGAUCCAACUAAUCAUGUUUUAUACGGUAAUCGUGCUGCAGCAUACCACCGGCUUAAAAAGUACAAACUGGCACUAGAAAGCUCUGAGAAUGCCGUGUCGUUGCAGGAAUCGUGGGUGAAAGGGCACUACCGGAAAGCGUGUGCUCUGGCUGCAUUAAAGAAGUAUGAGGAAGCUGCACAAGCUUAUGAACGAGCCAUGGAAUUGUGUCCAACCGAUGGAAAGCUAGCUGACAAAGCAAAACAGAUGCGCGAAAAGGCGAAAGCUAAGGUUGGCAUCAAAAUUGCUCAAGGAUCGGAGUUGAAGCCCCGACCGGCAACGAUGGAGCAAGCACGUGGAUUUUCAGCUUCAAUGAAGCCAUGUGCUGAUCCAAAAUCCUCGUCAUCCUCGAUCAUUUCAAACACUUUGGCGUCAACGGCAUUUUCAGGAAGUAUUGUAGAGCAUGAAACUUCCGUACCAGAUGUGGAUUUAUCCCUUUUGGAACCGCGGCCAUCUCGAUUUCAUGGCACCAACUACACCGGUCAUACUGUAACUUUGGAACCCGUUGGCGAAGCUCAACCGGUAAAACGAGUUUCUCGAUUCAAAGCAGCAAGAUCAGCUCGUGGCUGA